CUUCGUAUUCCACCAACUUCCGUUUCCCCUUCUCCCCCCGCCCGCUCCAAAACCUCUUCGCCGGCGGCCAUGGCGUACCUCCCGCCCCACAAGCGCCACCCCAGCUCCACCGCAUCCGCGCCCACCCCGAAUCCGCCCCCUCCGUCCCUCUCCUCCUCCCUCCGCUCGCUCUCCCUCUCCUCCCCGCGCGGCCGCGGCCGUGGCGCCGGCGGGCGCCACUCGCGCCCUUCCAACAAGAUCAUCCACGCCGCCGGCUGCGUAUCCCGCUGGUCCACCCUCCCGCCCUUCUCCUCUGGCCCCGAAGACGGCGACGACGAGGAGCCCACCCUCCGCCUCGAGCCCUUCCCCUGCGACCCCAUCGAGCGCAAGACUGGCGCCAAGCCCCUCGCCCUCGUCGCCUCCGCCCCAGGACAAGGCUCCUCCGGCUCCACGGUGGCCGCGGUCACCGCCAUCGCCGAGAGGUUCUUGCCCGACCUCCUCGCCGCCGCGGAGAGGGCCAAGGCGAGCUACGUGUCCAAUGAGGAAGAGUUGGUGAAGCUGAGUCUCGUGGCCAGGGUGGGAAAGGUGCUCUUCCAGUCCCAGCCAGGUGGAUCGCCCGUCUCCUUGGACACACUACGCAAGGCCGCGAAAUCAGGGGAAUAUGGUUCCAAGAGCCAGUUGCAUAAAUCGUUCUACACGAAUGUGCCUGGUGAGUAUCUGAAUGAUAUGGAGCUAUCCGUGGUGAAGAGGAUGGGGCUGGAGUUUGAUUCGUCCAAGGAGCACUAUCAUGUGAAGGUGUUUGACAAGCACCAAAGUGACUCUACAAUAUCUUGCAAAUGCACCGUGGAAGAAGAUGGGAGCCUUGUUAUCCAUAAGGUUGAAUGGAAUCAGGUACGGCACUUGGUGGAAGACAUUUCCUGUCUUUUCAAAGGUCUUGAUCUAAGGCUGAUGUUAUGUACAAAAAGGAUCCUGAAAACCCCAGAUUCUGAAGUGGAAAAUGCUUUAAAGAGCUUGGUGUCUUCUGCUGUUAUUGAUCCUGAUGUGAAAGGGGGACUUAGAUGGCCACUCGGGAAAGAGUCCAUUGGUGAGAGGUUCAGCAUAGUUGGGGUGUGGCACACGAACUAUAAGGCUUUCAGAAAUGAAACCCUGAGGCUCAAGUUGAGGCAUGCUGACCGAUUUGAUCACCGGAGCUCAACUGGUGAAGUUUCCAAUGAAGUUACCUUCAAACUAGUCGGCAUGUCUCGUAGACUGGAGGAUGUUGAUCCAGAUGAAGCCUCUCUGAAGGAGAUGUUGGAGUCUGCGGUUAAAAUGGUCUGGGACAAUGCUUUGAACUACAAGAUUGCGCCUUGAGCACAGCGGCUAUGUUGACAAGUAAAUGGUUCGAUGGUGAAGCUUGACUGUGUCUUGGAGCUCCAACGGGGGUUGAUUUCUUUCAGCCCUUCUGUAUAUAUAUAUAUAUAUAUCUUUCGUUCAUGGUAUGUGACGUUGGCACCCGAUUAGGAAUGCUACUUGUGAGUUGCAACUUCAGACCCCUGAUUCAAGCUUGGCCCUACGAUGGGGUUGAUAGUUGCAUCGCGUGUCGACUGGUUGCUUGCACCAUGUCAUGUGAUUGGUAUCGGCAAGUCAUGAAUCUCCACCGUGUUUUCCCCACCUCGGUUACAAGGAAGAUGCGCUUGUGCUCAUAGUUCACCCACAUGCGAGCAUGCAUCCUGUCAAAUACCUAGAUGGCUUUAGUUGGUCACGUCACGCGGAAAGAACAACCUCGCCUUGUAAGAGAGCUCGUAGGCACCAUGGAGCCCUAUGGGCCCACCUGUCGUUGUAGAGCACACCUGUCGUUGUAGAUCUUGCAAAAUCCAGCGAGCUCCAGGGAUUGGCAAGGAUGAGACACGAGAAGCAACAGAAAAAGGGCGGGGGAUGGUAAGCGUCGUUGUAACACAGCAUCGGAUUUUUCUUUUAAUCCUUGCCUGUGUGGUUUGCUA